UUAUCGUCUGCCCAGACGUGGACGGAGCGUCUCGGGAUGGCUGACGACGCUCAGGCCCCGCUGUGCUCCGAGCGGUUCGGAUCCGGAACGGCACGGAGCUGCCGUGCCGGCGCUGACGGGAGCCUGCAGUGGGAGGCCUGGGGGUGGCGCUGGUGGGGCUUCUCCGGGGGCCUCAGGGUGAAGCCCGAAGGACGAAAUGGCGGUGGAGGGGAGGCUCUCGGGACAGCCUCACCACCUCUCUCCGGGCUCCAGGCCGUGUUCCUGCCGCAGGGCUUCCCUGACAGCGUCAGCCCGGACUAUCUGCCCUACCAACUAUGGGAUUCCGUGCAGGCCUUUGCUUCCAGCCUCUCUGGCUCCCUGGCCACCCAGGCAGUGUUGCUUGGCAUAGGGGUGGGGAACGCAAAAGCCUCUGUUUCAGCUGCCGCGGCAACCUGGCUCGUAAAAGAUUCAACGGGCAUGCUGGGCCGUAUUGUCUUUGCCUGGUGGAAGGGGAGCAAACUGGACUGUAAUGCCAAGCAGUGGAGGCUUUUUGCUGACAUCCUCAACGAUGUAGCUAUGUUUCUCGAGAUUAUGGCUCCCAUAUACCCCAUCUGUUUCACCAUGACCGUCUGCACCAGCAACUUGGCCAAGUGCAUCGUGAGUGUGGCUGGCGGGGCCACUCGGGCUGCGCUGACCAUGCACCAGGCCCGGAGAAACAACAUGGCCGACGUGUCCGCCAAGGACAGCAGCCAGGAGACACUGGUGAACCUGGCAGGGCUCCUGGUCAGCCUCCUGAUGCUUCCUCUGGUGUCAGAUCAGCCUGGCUUCAGCCUUGGGUGUUUCUUGCUCCUUACGGCCCUCCACAUCUACGCCAACUACCGGGCAGUCCGAGCCCUUGUCAUGGAGACCUUGAAUGAAGGCCGGCUCCGGCUGGUCCUGAAGCAUUUCCUCCAGAGUGGGGAGGUACUUGACCCCACUUCAGCCAAUCACAUGGAGCCACUGUGGACAGGUUUCUGGCCAUCUCAGUCUCUUUCCCUGGGGGUGCCCCUACAUCGCUUGAUCUCCAGUGUCUCUGAGUUACAGCAGCUGAUCGAGGGCCACCAAGAGCCCUACCUCCUUUGCUGGGACCAGUCACGGAACCAGGUACAGGUAGUUCUGAGUCAGACAGCAGGCCCUGAGACUGUCCUGAGGGCCGCUACACAUGGGCUGGUGCUCGGAGCCCUACAGGGAGAUGGACCCCUACCAGGAGAGCUGGAGAAGCUGAGGAACCACGUGCAGGCAGGUCCUGGGAAAGAUAGCUGGGUCAUUGUCAAGGAAACACAUCAAAUGUUGGACAAGCUGUUCCCAAAGUUCUUGAAAGGAUUGCAGGGUGCUGGCUGGAAGACCGAGAAGCACCAGCUAGAGGUGGAUGAGUGGAGAGCCACAUGGCUCCUGUCUCCAGAAAAGAAGGUCUUGUGAGCAGUGCAGACGGAGGCCCAGGACAGGAGCCUGGAGCAAAGACACUUUGGCCAUAGAAGGACGUGGGAACGGCAGCUUUAUUUUUGUUUAGAGCGACUGCUUUGGUAGGUUGGCCAAGCCCUCAUGAGAAGUGACUGCCAAUCAACUGGACUGGGCCCAAGGCAGAGAGGAGAACCUGGGCCUCCCCACCCCACUCCCACACCUUCCCAUUUACUGGGGACCACUGCAGCCUCCCUGCGCCCGCUUAUUACCCUACCCUGGUUUUGGCUCACAGUGUCCAACACAGCUGGCCUUAGGCAUAAAAGCCCCAGAGGAAUGUGGCCACAGCCAUCAUGAGCAAGGCAUUGAGGUUGACCACACGAGCCCAGACCGGGUCCUCACUGAUGUCCGCCAGCCGCCUGGCUGCCACAGCCACCUCCUCCUGGGUAGGGGAUGGAGGACCACCUGCCCCACUCCUGCUCAUUCCACAGAACCAAAGCAGGCACUGGCGGAAUAGGCCUGGUGCUGGGGAAUGGGGCUCUGGGAGAAAUUGAGGCCCAGAUGUUAAUGUGAGGGCACUUGGCUCUGCCAGCUCCCCAGCCCCACCUCCUCAGAUGCUGUCUUACCCUCCAUCUCUACUGCGUGCUCUGGGCACCCAUUCUGUACAGGGAGUGAGGAGCCUUCCCGCUCAUCAGCAUCCAGGUCCUCCCGUUCCUCCUUGCUGUACCGUAGACUGAAAACCAGGCGAUGGAGCUGGGGAGGGAUGGGAGCAGGGACCAAGUAGGAUUUCUGUCCCCCAUCCCAGACCCUAAGGUCUCUUGUCCACACUGGCACACCAACACAUCACUGCUUUCCCUAACCUCCCUCUGUCUAAUCCGCACACCUAGCCCAGGCUCAGCUCAGACGACCUUGCGUGGCUGCUGUUUGCCCUCAGGCUAAACCCUAAACUCCUCAGCUGGGUACUUAAAGCCUCGCCACCCUGCUUCACUGCCCCAGGUUUGCUGUCUGCACCCAUAUUGUUGUACUUCAGACUCUGCUCUUACAGUCAUUUUGACACAGUGUUCCUUCCUGGGGUUCUUUGCUCACAGUUUCAUCCUGCUGCUGUGGAACCCUGCACAUCCUUCCAGGCCCACCUCUUUUGUCCUGCACCCUAAGCCCUGCUCUGGGGCACCUGCCCUGCAGCACACCUUUUUGUGGGCUCUCUGUCACACUCAGCCAUCAGUCAGAUCCUGUGUUUUGAGUACCAAAGGCCAUGCCAAGGAUUGGCUUGGGGAUCGGGGGCUUUAACCACCAAUCCGCCAAAAUCUUCAGGCCACCUCCUGUGAGACCACUUUAAAUAAAUGUCAUUCAAAUAAAA